GUGUUUACUCCUAGGCAUGCGUGUAACUUUAUAUCUUAAUGUCCAUGCACACAAUGUAUAAGGAUGUUAUGUGCAGUUAUCCCAGAAGCUUAUAAAAGGAGUGGUGUUACACUUCAUCUUCAUUCAACUCAACGGAUGGUUACAUGCAUGAUGGCUACUAACGUACGAGCACUGCAGACUGUCAGCUUCUUGCUGAUGCUAGCAAUCACUGUGAAUGCUAGGGUGGUUUCAGAGCAAGUACGAGGACAAGAAGACAAUGGGGAAAUGUCGAGAGAGUUUUUCAAACAAGGACAUAUUGGUGAUGGUGACAUUGAUCAAAUAAAGAAAGAAAUUUUGGCGCUGCUACUGAAUGAUCAAGAAACCAAAGCUCAAGCUCCCUCGCAAUUGCAAAGCCUGAAGACCUCGACAUAAAAAAAGAAGAAAUGGACCCUGAAUACAGACCAACUAGCAAACCAGAAGAAGCUCAAGCUCAAGAUGGCAUGUACAAUCCAGAUCUCUUUGAAGGAGACCUCAAGAUUUCAGAUAAACAGAUAAAGGCCGCGUACAGAAAGUUUUCAGACGCUGAGCUUCAGAAGGCUACAAGUGACGUCAAUAAACUAUGGGAACUAGGAUAUGUCUACUACGACUUGGAUGAAUCAGUUGACUAUCAUACGCGAACUAUCAUACGAGGUGCAAUGGACGAAUAUGAGCAACACACGUGUCUAAGGUUCUACCUUAAAACCCCUACAACUACUUGGAUUACACAGUUUAUUCAUUUUCAAAGCAGCGACCGAGGGUGUUAUUCCACCUCAGUUGGGCAAGCACUCAGUAUGCAAACAAUCAAUCUUGACAGCAUAGGUUGUGCUACGCAUAGUACAGUUCUACAUGAAAUUGGUCAUGCGAUCGGUUUUUGGCAUGAGCAAAGUAGACCGGACAGAGACAACUACGUUACGAUAAACUGGGACAAUAUCAAAGCAGGCAAGGAACAUAAUUUUAAUUUACGCCACAAAGUUGAUUACCAAGAUGAAGAGUACGACUAUGCUUCAAUUAUGCAUUAUCAAUUGGAUGCCUUCACCAGAAGUUAUCAGAAAACGUUGAGCAUUAACAAUUUUGAGAAAUUAAUUGAACAAGGAUUCCCUGCUGUUGGGCACGGAGAACACCUCAGUCCAGGUGAUAUCAGGCAGGUGAAUAAACUGUACGAUUGUUAUAACCCAUCCGGUUACUGGGGAAGACUACGUGUUCAUGUACAUAAAGCGACUGGGCUACCUUCUGACACGUACUAUGCUGACGUGGCUGCUAUUUACACUUACGGAACUACUGGUUAUGGAGUGCAGUCGUUUCCAUCAACAAAAUUGUCCAAUAAUUAUCCAGCUGACUAUACAUGGACAUAUGUACAUACAACCGCUAAUCAAAAAAACUGGCGCUACUUCAGGAUAUGGAUAACGAAUGAGGAGGGAGAUACAGUGAUUAGUCGGCAAACCAUAUGGAUCAAAACUUCAGGAGUAAAAGUUGAAGAUUCGUACUGCUUGAAAGAUGAGCAAGAUGUGGAGCGCAUGAAAUGUGUCUACUUCAACUACGAAAUCGUUUGAAAAAUAACAAACAAGAAAUACGUUACUUACAUUGUAGCUACCAAACUCUGUAGCAUUUAUUUCAGCUGACUUAAUUGUGUGUAGACAGUAGUUAUGAAGUAUUCAACGUGUGUAUAGACUGAACUUCAGUAGAGCUCUCACAUUCAUACGUUUCUGUUGCUAUAGCUACAUGAACGUAACAGCAUAGCCUUAUCAGUUUUAAUUUGUUGCUAGUGUUUUUCAGAGUAUAAAACAUGUUGUGUUUAGC